GCAGGAAAAGCGACAGGAGAAGGUCAGUGUGUGCAGCUCCGGCCACGUGGACCUGUUUCGGGGGCUGGAGGCGCGAACAAGGAGCAGGAAGAGGGAAAGCGACAGGAGAAGGACAGUGAGUGCAGCUCCGGCCACGUGGACCUGUUUCGGGGGCUGGAGGACGGGCGGGGGGCCCUAGCAAGGAGCAGGAAGAGGGAAAGCGACAGGAGAAGGACAGUGAGUGCAGCUCCCGCCACGUGGACCUGUUUCCGAGGCUGGAGGACGGGCGGGGGGCCCUAACAAGGAGCACAAAGAGGGAAAGCGACAGGAGAAGGACAGUGAGUGCAGCUCCGGCCACGUGGACCUGUUUCCGAGGCUGGAGGACGGGCGGGGGGCCCUAACAAGGAGCACGAAGAGGGAAAGCGACAGGAGAAGGACAGUGAGUGCAGCUCCGGCCACGUGGACCUGUUUCAGGGGCUGGAGGAUGGGCGGGGGGGCGUGAACAAGGAGCAUGGUUUGGAAAAGCGACAGGAGAAGGUCAGUGUGUGCAGCUCCGGCCACGUGGACCUGUUUCGGGGGCUGGAGGAUGGGCGGGGGGGCACUAACAAGGAGCAAGAAGAGGGAAAGCGACAGGAGGACAACAGUGAGUGCAGCUCUGGCCACGUGGACCUGUUUCGGGGGCUGGAGGACGGGCGGGGGGCGCGAACAAGGAGCAGGAAGAGGAAAAGCAACAGGAGAAGGUCAGUGUGUGCAGCUCCGGCCAUGUGGACCUGUUUCGGGGGCUGGAGAAUGGGUGGAGGGCACUAACAAGGAGCAGGAAGAGGAAAAGCGACAGGAGAAGGUCAGUGUGUGCAGCUCCGGCCACGUGGACCUGUUUCGGGGGCUGGAGGACGGGCGGGGGGCGCUGAGCGCGAACAAGGAGCACGAAGAGGAAAAGCGACAGGAGAAGGAGCGGCAAGAGAAGGCCCUGGGGCUGCUGACCUACCUGGGCCAGAGCGCAGCCGAGGCCCAGACCAACCCACCUUGGUACCAAAAGCCCCCGGAGCGCGGGGGGACCGCCCCCGGCCCCAAGGAGGACAAGCUCAAGGGGCGGCUGGACCCGCUGCGGGAGCUGGAACGGCAGCUGCGCAAGAAGAAGGGCGGCGGCGAGAAGCGCAAGCGGGAGCCGGACGGGAAGGGGUCCGCGGGAGGACCGCUGCAGGGCCCCGCAUCCCUGGAACAGCUGCGGGCCGAGCGGCUGAAGCGGGAAGCGGCGGAGCGGGCCAGGGCGGAGGCGCUGCUGGCCGGGGGCGGACGGGGCCCGCAGCCGCGGGAGCCGGACGAGGAGCCGGACGAGAGGCGGAGACGCUACAACUCCCAGUUCCACCCGGAGCUGGCCCGGCCCCCGCGCGCCCACGACAAGGCUCCCCGGCGCUGACGCCCGCCCCGGCACAAAGGCACGGGGCGGCGGGGCGGGGGGGGUCUGCGUGCUGGCUGCGCGGCU